UAUAUAUACGAACAAUCAUACCAGAUUAUCCUUAUAAUAGUCUCCAUGGUCACUCACUCCAAUUCUGUCAAUCUCAGCCGUUGAUCGUAUGAUCCUUAUGUUAUUCAGAUCCAGGGUUUCUAGUUCUACCAUCAGCCACCACCACCGCCAUUCACUUCCCCAUCCAUGUCAUCAGCGGAGACCAAUAAUCGAAUCAACGGCCAGAUUGCACCGUCGCAGUGUCCCCACUUGAUCGAUUACCGCUCCCGCCAUGGAUCCAAGCCUUUUCGCGCCCUCCAGGAUUGCCUCCGCAUCAAGCCUCCAGGAGGCCGCGCCUCCAUCCGCAGGGACCCCGCCGAGGUCCCACGGUGCGCUACAUGUGGCGAUUGCUCCGCGCCCCGCCACUAUGCGUGCUUGGCGUGCGCCGUCGUGUCCUGCCACGCGGAGUCCGGAUCCUCUCACGCGGCCUCCCAUGCCUCAUCCAUGCCGCCCGGUCAUGAGAUCGCCGUCGACGUGGAUCGCGCUGAGCUCUUUUGCUGCGCGUGCUGCGACCAGGUCUAUGAUCGUGAUUUCGACGCUGCCGUGGUACUGGCGCAGACAUCGUCCUUUACAACUCUCGCCUCCGAUUUGUCAACUGCAGUAUCCGAUUUGAAGCCCGAAAAUUUACGCAAGCGUCGUCGUGUGGACUACCGCCCCUGGUCACCGGACAUGCGCGAGCGAUUUUUGAUCGGGAACGGCUCCAUUCCGUUAUCGGCUUGUAACAACAAUAGUGGCAAGAGUUUGGAUAUGGACUUGCCGUGGGGAUUGCGGGGAUUGAACAAUUUGGGGAACACAUGUUUUAUGAACUCGGUGUUGCAGGCAUUGCUGCACACGCCUCCACUCAGAAACUAUUUCUUGAGCGAUCGGCACAAUAGGUUUCAUUGCCAGCAGAAGAACGGCUCUAGCAAUCAUAAUACUAACUGUGGUGGUAAGAGAAAUGUGGGGGAAAGUAAUGGCAAUAUGGGAGCUAGGAUCUGUUUGGCUUGUGAUAUGGAUGCGAUGUUCUCUGAUGUGUAUUUGGGGGAUCGGACUCCUUAUAGUCCUGCAAAGUUCUUGUACAGUUGGUGGCAACAUGCAGCUAACUUGGCAAGCUAUGAACAGCAGGAUGCACAUGAAUUUUUCAUUUCCAUUCUUGAUGGGAUCCAUGAAAAAGUAGACAAGAAUCGGCGCAAGCCCCACAAUCAAUGCAAUGGAGACUGUUGUAUUGCGCACAGAGUAUUUUCUGGGAUCUUGCGAUCUGAUGUCAUGUGUAUGGUUUGUGGUUUCACAUCCACAACAUAUGACCCUUGCGUGGACAUCUCACUUGGCUUGGAGCCCAGCCAAGGGGGUUCCGCGAAGCUAGCGUCUAUGAAGGCCUUUAAUUCUUGCAAUGGUGAGGCUGAUUGCAUGAAUUCCAGCCAGAGCUAUGGAGUAUCUACUCUGACAGGGUGUCUGGACCGAUUUACGAGACCUGAAAAAUUGGGCUCUGACCAGAAAUUCUUUUGCCAGAAGUGUCAAAUAAGGCAGGAGUCUCUCAAACAGAUGUCAAUAAGAAAGCUUCCAUUGGUUUCUUGCUUCCACAUCAAAAGAUUUGAGCAUUCUUCCAUAAGAAAGAUGUCAAGGAAGGUGGACCAAUAUCUACAGUUUCCAUUUUCACUGGACAUGGCACCUUAUCUUUCUUCUUCAAUAUUGAGAAGUCGAUUUGGUAACAGAAUUUUCCCUUUCGAUGGGGAUGAACCCGAUAUGGCCAAUGAAAUAUCGGCAGAGUUCGAGUUGUUUGCUGUUGUCACGCACACAGGAAAACUAGAUGCUGGUCAUUAUGUGACUUAUCUGCGAUUAAGUAAUCUGUGGUACAAGUGUGAUGAUGCCUGGAUUACUCAAGUCAACGAAAACACUGUCAGGGCUGCACAAGGAUACAUGAUGUUUUAUGUGCAGAAGAUGUUUUAUUACAAGGUGAGUGAGAAACAGGAUGUUCCAUGAUAUGUGGGGUGAAAGGAUGAACUGUUGGUUAAAUCAAACAUGUGGACCGGAGAUGAAGAAUUGACAGUUACAUCUAUCGUCCAGGUAAGAAGGUGGACCAAAUACUGGAAGUCAUGGUUAGAUUGGAUUGCGCAUAGCCAUAGAUGCAAUGCCAUGGCUAGUUUUGUAUACCUUGAAAAGAAGUCUCUCUUGCAAUCGACAAAGAGUGAGUACUCCGCUUGUUCUCUAAGUCGUAAUUGGAAAUACAUGGUUGGACCGUAAAGUAAAGCCUGAGUUUUUUUGAGGCACUCCAACAUUCAAGAACAUUACUUCGAUAAAGCUAUGAUUCCUUAGAAAGAAAAGAAAAGGUUGAUUUAAAAUGUUUCCUGAUUCUGCUAAUUUGAAGUGUUGUGGGGUUCUCAUGUUUAGUAGUUGUGACUACUGGGGGUGGUUGUAGUUGUUGGCAUACCAGCCAUUGCAGGUUUCAUCUAAUGCAAAAUAUGAUAUUUGAAAUGCUAUUGUCAGUCUUGUUGAUUUCUUGAA